AUGCCUGGAUCGGGAGACUUCGCUCUCCCUGGAGCUGCCAACAUGUACGCUUCCGCUUCGUCGGCAGAACGGAAUUCUUGGCAAUCGCAACGCAGGAACACUCUUCGGUCAAGCAGGUUGAGCAUGGGCUCCUCGCAUCGCUCAGGUAUGCCCGCAGCUCCCGAAGCGCCUAAUGAGGAGCCACAGCACGGCGCCUCAACUCCUGCGUCGGCCCAGUCGCAACAAAAGUGGUGGCGCGUGCGGUUGUUUCGAGGAAUGUACCAAGAUGUCAAGCGUAGAGCCCCCUACUAUUGGAGCGACUGGACCGAUGCAUGGGACUACCGUAUUGUUCCUGCGACCAUUUACAUGUACUUUGCAAACAUCCUACCCGCUCUGGCUUUCUCCCUGGACAUGUUCGAGAAGACCAACCAAAGCUACGGUGUAAAUGAAGUCUUGCUUGCCUCGGUUCUCGGUGCGGUCGUCUUUUCUCUAUUGGCGGCCCAGCCUCUGGUCAUUGUUGGCGUGACGGGUCCAAUUACUGUUUUCAACUACACGGUUUACGAUAUUAUUAGUCCCCGUGGGACUCCAUAUCUUGCAUUUAUGUGCUGGAUCGGCAUAUGGUCUUUGAUCAUGCACUGGGUUCUCGCUAUUACAAAUGCGUGCAACGGAUUGACAUAUGUCACCCGAUUCUCAUGCGAUAUUUUUGGGUUCUAUGUUGCCUGCAUCUACCUCCAAAAAGGAAUCCAGGUCCUGACUCGACAAUGGGGCAGUGUGGGCGAAACUUCGGCCUACCUUGCCAUUAUGGUUGCGCUUCUGGUCCUGAUGGUGGGUUGGAUUUGUGGAGAGCUUGGGAAUAGCAAUCUGUUCCAGCGAUAUAUUCGCAAAUUUAUAGAAGACUACGGCACGCCUUUGACCAUCGUCUUUUUCACUGGAUUUGUCCAUAUCGGCCACAUGCGAGACGUCAACGUUGCCACUUUGCCGACCAGCAAAUCUUUCUUCCCUACCCUUGACCGGCCUUGGCUGGUGCAUUUCUGGGAUAUCAGCGUUGGAGAUGUAUUCCUCGCUAUUCCAUUUGCCGUGCUCCUCACAAUUCUCUUCUACUUUGAUCACAAUGUUUCCUCACUCAUUGCCCAAGGCACCGAGUUCCCACUGAAAAAGCCUGCUGGAUUCCACUGGGACCUCUGGCUUCUAGGACUUACAACCUUUGUUGCCGGUCUGCUCGGAAUUCCAUUCCCAAAUGGACUUAUCCCGCAAGCCCCUUUCCAUACAGCAGCCCUUUGCGUGACUCGCCAAGUUGCAGACGAGGACGACACGAAUAAGGGCAAGGCUAUCCGAGUAACGGAUCACGUCGUCGAGCAGCGAGUCAGCAACCUGGCGCAAGGACUUCUCACUCUAGGUACCAUGUCUGGUCCACUUCUGAUAGUCCUCCAUCUCAUCCCGCAAGGCGUCAUGGCUGGUUUAUUCUUUAUCAUGGGUGUCCAGGCCCUGCAAGGAAACGGCAUCACCCAGAAGCUGAUUUUCCUUGCUCAAGACAAAAGUCUCACUCCUGCUUCCAAUCCCUUGAAACGGCUAGAACGCCGAGUUGCUAUCUGGGCAUUUGUUAUACUCGAAUUGAUUGGGUUUGGCGCCACUUUUGCCAUCACCCAGACCAUUGCCGCUAUCGGGUUCCCUGUUAUCAUUCUCUUCUUGAUUCCUGUUCGCUCAUUCCUCUUACCGCUGUGGUUCACCCGUGAAGAGCUGAAUGCCUUGGAUGGUCCUACCGCUAGUCCCUUUACUAUGGAAAGCGUUGGUGGUACGUACGGACUGGAUUAUGAAAAUGUGUCUGCAGAAGCGACGACUAGCGGGGGUUGUCUGGAGGGUGAUAAUGGCAUUCUAGAGGCGCAGCGUUCUUCCUCCGAGUCUGCUGUCGCGGACAAUGAUUUGGAAAGCGGCGAAGUUCAUGAGCUUCGGGCUGUUCGGAGACGGAGUACGGCCAGUCGAGCUGGCUGA